GUCUUGUGACGUACCACGGCGACUGCUGCGGUGACUUUCAUCAUAUUUUGCACUUCUUUUUCAGUCUACAUAUCCAAUUUUGGCAACCAGAAGGCGAUACCAAUAGGUCUGUGUGAAGUACAUCGUGAUUAGUAGCCUGAAGUGAGAUAAAGAUGCAAUCCCUGCUGUCAGGCUGUGCCUCCAUCUUGCUGCUAGGGGAGGCAAACUUCUCCUUCUCACUCUCCCUGAGGAAGAUGCUGCCUCCCAGCGUCACCAUGGUAACGUCCUGCUACCAGUCAGAGGAUCGCAUCCCAUCCAAUGACCCUGGUAUCCCGGAGAACAUCGCUCAACUGCAGUCAUUGGGAGCUCGUGUCCUCUACGGGGUCGAUGCCACCCAGCUUGGCCAGUGCUCCUCACUAGAGGGAGCCAUUUAUGAUGCAGUCAUCUUCAACUUUCCCCAUGUUGGUGGCAAAAGUAAUAUUGGAAAAAACAGGGAGCUACUGAAGCAGUUCUUUGAAUGCUGCUUCGACAGGCUUUCACCCUCUGGUCAAGUCUUCCUCACUCUCUGCACCGGCCAGGGAGGAACCCCUGCAGACAAACCACAGAGGAAAUGGGCGGAUUCCUGGCAGGCGGUCGCCAUGGCAGCCUGGGGGUCCUUCAUCCUGACCAGGACGAUGCCAUUUUGUGCCGAGGAUUAUAAGGAGUAUUACUGUACAGGCUACAGGAGUCAAUCCAAGCACUUUCUGACUCAGAAUGCCAUCACCCACGUCUUUGAGAGGAGCAGGGAACUCCUGGAUCAGCCUUGCCCGAUACCCAGAGAACUCACCCUACGUACCGACCAAGAGAUGAGUACUGUACAGUGCCCUACUGAUCUUUGUAGAGUGAUAAACAGGGAUCUUCUGUCAGAACCCCACCAUCCUUUAGCUCUCGUCUCAGCAGAGAUACAUCGCCUGAUCAAUGAGGGCUUUGCAGACACGACUUUUCUUCAAGCUGAAGAGCAGCCUCUAGUGUUGAAUGCAGGAGAGGUUAUCACUACAGGUCAUUUUUCACCUUCUGAGCUCUACCACGUUGAUGUCGUAAGAACUAAACAUAUUCAACAGCAGGAUAGCAGUCAUUGCAGCAACAGGAGCGUUGGUGUACCACAAGGCGCAGUACACAGUACAACUACAGAGCUACACAAACAGCCCCCUCUAUCACCAGAAGAUGUUCAAGGGUUAUUACCAUGUACUUGUGCAGUAACUGCUCUUGGUAAAAUGGUAACAGAUGGUCAAAGCGACAAAGAUUCCAUGAGCGACAGAGGAGAGAAGCAGGAUGGACUGUUGUACUUGGAGGGUCAUUCAAAGCAUGGUAAUACUGGGACAGAGCAGUCCAGUUGUCAGCAUACUGAGGAUUCAGAGUCCAAUGGACCUCAUGUUACAGGGAUUACCAGUGCAGAAGUCCAAAUAAGUCCAUGUUUGUCCAAACACGGCAAGAGCAACUACGUUCUUAGACCGACCCUUCUCAGUCGCGCCCCUGGUAUUUUUCGAAAGGAGGAUCCGCAACCUCUUUAUGCUAGUGGCAGAGUCUUUCGUCGCUGUGGUAUACGUCCAGAGCUUUAUCCUAUUCUGCACCAAUACCUGAUGGUAGUGCCCAUACCCAAAGAUUCUGGGACAUCCUCUGAGGACUUCAAGGAGAAGGUGUCGAGGGUAUCAGCAGGCCUCCUACAAGAAAAGGGACCGGUUUCCAUAGAGGAUUGCCAUAGUUGUCAAGAUGGUUCCAUCAACAAUCGUUCAUCCCUCGUGUUCAAAGUGGAAGGAUCCAAUGAGCCUUCACAAAACACACUCACUAUUGGUGAGUUUGGAAUCUUCCACUCAGAAGGAGGGGGUUACCACUAUUGCAUCUGGAACUUGGACACUAUGGCGAUGGUGAAAUAUAGUGUGGAAGACAUACGUUUAUUCUGGUCUGCCGAUGACCGGAUAGUUGCCCAGUUUUCAAAAUCUGCUGAAAUGUGUUCUGAAUCUCAACCGUUAUUAGAGCAUUCCAUGCAGGUAUACAGUCUCCACCCUCCUACCUACACUUAUGAUGUUAGCUUUUGGCUUCACGAGGACACCUUCGACGAGCUUGACUUUUGCUCCGCGAUCCGAUCAGUGACCUUUGACCUUGUACGGGAAGUUCGCUUUCUUAGCCAAUACAUCAACAGAGAGAUCAGUUACCUCUAUAGAAUUGUGUACCAGUCUUGUGAUCGUGCGCUUACUAAGAAGGCAGUAACACAACUGCAUUUAGAUGUAAGAGAGGCAAUUAAUAAGCGGCUGGGUGUAGAGGCUAGGUGAUAAACAGGAGGGAAUUUUGAGCUGGUUUCGCGAUUAUCAAUAGGUCUUUCACAUCAUUCCUCCAUCUAAGCAUUGGUUAGAUCUAUUAUAUCAUUAUUGCAGUUUACUUUUUAGAGAAAUAUUUGAAUGUACACUGAAUU